AUUUAGCAUCUACCGGACUUCCAGGCACAACCAAACUUGAAACGGAUUACACUACUGAUUCAGACGGUAAUUUAUCGACUUAUUCGGCUAUUACAACUCAGCCUAGAUUCACCACCACAAAGAACACCGUAAUUUAUGAACAUAACACUACAACAGUUCUUGCUCAAAAUAGUUCUGAUAUUGCCACUACUACAACACCUCACAUUGCGACGACAAAUUCAAGUUCUGAACUCCUCACUGCCAGUGCGCCACAGUCUGACGUCACUACAACAAUUGUUACAACAGAGAAUGGAGAUACUGAGCAUACUACCACACAGAAUCAAGUCAGUACAUCACUUAGACCUACUACGACACCACUCACAGUUGGCUAUGAACAUAACACUACUACAACAGCGACACGAACAAAUAUCACAACACACAUUCAAACUUCAGAAUUGUUGACUCACAAUGCAACUUUACAGUCACGUUUCACAUCCACUUAUUCUACGAUACCUAACAUUGCAACAAAGGAUAUAACGUCUACUGAAACGGCAACUGCGUCAGCACCAACUAUUACACAUUACAAUAAAACCUCCCAUCUGGCAAAUACUGCGUCAAAUUUCAGAUCGACUACUGAACAAAAUACAAAGAUCACAACUCAGUUUAGAUCACCUAGGUCUACUUCAUUACCAAAUACUGUUAAUUAUGGACAUAAACACACUAUUACAAUGACUCAAACAAAUGCCACAACAGAAACACUGGCAGGUAAUACGGGAAAUCUUGAUACUUCUACAUUAACUAAUCGAACACCAAACACAACAACAACAACACAGAUUCCAAUCACCUCACCUACCCUCAUCAAAUCUGCUAUACCAACGGGAGACGCCACAACGGCAAAGCCG